AUAAGGUAACACCACAAACCCCUGCACGUUAUCACCAAUCCCAACCUUUGGAUCCUUUCUCACUCUAGCCCUCGACUUUCGUGUCAUCAUCCUUCAAAAAGUCUCCCCCCAUAGAAAAAGUGCUUUUCCUCACCUCUUCACCCUACCUAGCUCUACCUCCGACUCUCACCGUGAUUUUUCCACUCAAAAUUUUCAACUCAACCCUCAGCUGUCUUUUGCGUCUCAGCUUCAUGACAUCCAAUUAAACGUAGAAGCAGUGAAAGAUAUAAGAAGAAAAAAAACACGAUUAAGCAAAUGGCUUUUCACCACGACCAUCUAUCACACGAAAUCAACUUCCAACCAUUCACGGAAGAUCAACAAUUAAGUCAAAGCAGGGACAUGCAGAGGAUGCUACCAUUCUCCGGCACCGGAUCAGCGCCAACGUGGCUCAACAACGCCGCAACCCUACGGCAGCAAAAUUUCCUCCACUUACAACCAGACACAUCUCAAAACGACGACGUAAGGGGAAUAAACAUGAUGGAGAAAAUCAGGGAUCGGAACCGGACGGAAAGUAACAACACCGAAUCAGAAGAGUUAUCACAAUACAAAGCAGACAUUCUUGGACAUCCUCUCUACGAUCAGCUUCUAUCAGCUCACGUUUCCUGUUUGAGAAUCGCAACGCCGGUUGAUCAACUUCCUAGGAUCGACGCGCAGCUUCAACAGUCGCAGCGCGUGGUUGACAAGUAUUCUACACUUGCUAAUGGUGUUGUGGAUGAGAAGGAGCUUGAUCAAUUCAUGACACAUUAUGUUCUCCUGCUUUGUGCUUUUAAAGAACAAUUGCAACAACAUGUCCGUGUUCAUGCCAUGGAAGCUGUUAUGGCUUGUUGGGAGUUGGAGCAGUCUCUGCAAAGCUUGACCGGUGUAUCUCCCGGGGAAGGGACUGGUGCAACAAUGUCCGACGAUGAAGACGACCAAGCAGAGAGCAAUGCAAACUUAUACGAAGGAAGCCUAGAUGGUGGUGAUAGUCUCACCUUCGGUCCUCUUGUUCCAACUGAAAGUGAAAGAUCUUUAAUGGAACGUGUGAGACAAGAAUUAAAGCACGAGCUAAAACAGGGUUACAAGAACAAGAUUGUGGACAUAAGAGAAGAAAUUCUAAGGAAAAGAAGAGCGGGAAAGCUACCUGGUGAUACCACAUCCCUUUUGAAAGCUUGGUGGCAAUCACACUCUAAAUGGCCCUAUCCCACAGAAGAAGACAAGGCAAGGUUGGUCCAGGAAACAGGACUUCAAUUAAAGCAGAUUAAUAACUGGUUCAUAAAUCAAAGAAAAAGGAAUUGGCAUACUAAUCCUUCUUCUUCCACUGGCUCCAAAACCAAGCGUAAGAGUAGUGGUGCAGGUGAAACCAGUAACCAGAGCUUCAUGUGAAUUGACACCCUAUUUGGAACAAUGAAUAAAAGAUGACAAAAAAUCUAUAUAUUCUUAGGACAGGAGCUUAUAGUGAAAAACAUGAAACUGAUGUGGUGGAAUAUGAAUGUUAAAUCGGAAUUUAUGUUUAUGCCAAGCAGAACUGAGAAAUGAUUUUUACUUUGUCAUAUCAUAGAUAAACUUAGUUUUUGUAUAUGAGACUACUUCUUGAUAAAUUAAUCUAUGAAUCAUGGACACCUCUUAAAAUAGACGUGUCACAUGCGUCAUGUGUCCAACACCUGUAUGAAAUGUUUCCAACAAUUCA